AUGAUGUGCGAUGUUAGUAACAGGUUAGUAGGAGCUACGACAAUAGAAGAGGCACGCAGGAUCCGCAAAGAGUUGACAUCGCUAUUAGAUACAGCCAAAUUGAAUAUUAGACAAUGGGUAUCUAAUAGCGACUCUCCGUUAAGGGAUCUUCCGGAACAGGCCAUCAACAAAAAAUUACACAUAGGCGAGUCAUCCACUUUGAAAACGCUAGGUGUGGUUUGGAACUCCUCACAGGAUACAAUUUCCUACGAGGUCAAACCACAACUAGCAAAAACAAACAUCACAAAACGAUUCAUUUCCUCCGAAAUAGCGAAAAUUUAUGACCCGUUAGGCCUCUUGGGACCUGUCAUUAUUCUCGCUAAGGUCUUGUUACAGAAGCUUUGGACAAUUCGGGUUGACUGGGAUGAGUCACUUUCCAUGGACAUUUACACAGAAUGGGUUACAUUUUACAAACAGCUUCCACUUUUAAACAAUACAGUUUUCAACAGAUACAUAAUUAUUGCUUCUCCAAUUUCAAUCGAGCUACAUGGAUUCUGCGACGCGAGUGAGAAGACCUACGGGGCUUGUAUCUACGUGCGCUCAACAAACGCGACCGGGCAGGUACAGGUGGACCUUCUCAUCGCGAAAUCCAAGGUCGCUCCAUUAAAAACCCAAUCGAUACCACGUUUAGAACUGUGUGCUGCUCUCCUUUUGUCUACAUUAAUGACAACCGUGAGAAAAGCCCUGCAUUUACAAGUACAACACACUACAUUCUGCGGUAUGUUUCAACUGACCAGAAAGAAUCCUGCCGAUCUUAUUUCCCGCGGUCAAACUCCGGAAGAGUUUCUUCGUCCUUCCACCUGGCAACAUGGUCCAGAAUGGCUGGCGAAGGAAGAAGAGUUUUGGCCAAAAACCGACAUAAUUCUGACAUUCAAGGACACAGUUAUACCUGAACAGAAAACAGCAACGUGUCUUGUCAGCACAUUAACAGACACGAGCAUCCUGGAUUCCUACUCGUCGUGGAAUAAGAUGCAGCGGAUCGUCGCACGCUGUCUCCGCUGGAAAACAAUCAAGAGGAUUAAAGGCAACUUAACAGUCUCAGAACUUCGACAUGCACAUAACAUCUUGAUUAAAACACUUCAACGUGUACAUUUUUCCCAGGAACUACGUCGUCUGUCUCGCAGUCAACUCGAUGUCGGUGGAAAGUUGCAAAGACUCAACCCGUUCAUCGACAGAGAGGGCAUAUUGCGGGUUGGAGGCCACCUGAAGCAUGCGAUGAUUCCAUUUUACCAACGACAUCCCAUCAUCUUACCGAAGGCACGUGUCACAUUACUAAUAAUAGAAGCGGAACACAAACUACAGCUACAUAUAGGUGUACAAAACACCCUGUACGCAAUUAGGCGGCGUUAUUGGCCCAUCGACGGUCGAAGCCAGGUUUGGCAGGCCAUAAAGACCUGCACGCGCUGCAUUCGAGCCCGGCCACCACCGGUGGACUAUGUUAUGGGCAACCUACCCGAGGCAAGAAUAACAGAGUCCCGCCCAUUUACAUACACCGGGGUGGAUUACUGUGGGCCCUUUUACAUUAAGGAGAAGAAGCACCGAAACCGAACGCGCGUGAAAGUCUAUGUUGCGGUUUUUGUGUGCCUGGCCGUAAAGGCAGUUCACUUAGAAUUAGUAAGUGAUCUAACAACAGAAGUGAAGUGGUUGCGUGGUUCGAAUACACGGAUUAAUUAA